UCUUGUAUUUUCUCCGCCCCUUCCGGCCUCCACUUUUCCCGGGAAACGCCUGCAGGCCGGCAUGUGAGCCAACAUGGAGGAGGACCGUGUCCAGCUCCGGCAGCUGCCGGUGGUCAAGUUCCGCCGCACAGGGGAGAGCGCUCGCUCUGAUGAAGAUGUCGAUUCCACUGUUUACGGAGAGCACGAGGUCCACAUCGAAGGGGUCCCAGCGAUGGAGGCCGUGGAACUGGAAGACGGCAGCAUUGUGCCCAGAGAGUUUGCUAACCCCACUGAUGACACGUUUAUGGUGGAAGAUGCAGUGGAAGCCAUCGGCUUUGGCAAGUUCCAGUGGAAGCUUUCUGUCCUGACUGGCUUGGCAUGGAUGGCUGAUGCCAUGGAGAUGAUGAUCCUGAGCAUCCUGGCCCCACAGCUGCAUUGCGAGUGGCGACUACCUACCUGGCAGGUUGCCUUGCUCACCUCGGUCGUCUUUAUGGGAAUGAUGUUCAGCUCCACUCUCUGGGGAAAUAUUUCUGACCAAUACGGAAGGAAAACGGGCCUCAAGAUCAGCGUCCUGUGGACCUUGUAUUACGGGAUCCUCAGCAGCUUUGCCCCCGUUUACAGCUGGAUCUUGGUCUUGCGAGGCCUUGUGGGCUUUGGCAUCGGCGGUGUCCCUCAGUCGGUAACAUUGUAUGCUGAAUUCCUGCCGAUGAAAUCCAGAGCCAAAUGCAUUUUGCUCAUUGAGGUCUUCUGGGCCAUCGGAACAGUCUUUGAGGUCCUCCUGGCGGUUUUUGUGAUGCCCACCCUCGGUUGGCGCUGGCUGCUCAUCCUCUCAGCCCUCCCGCUGCUUCUCUUUGCUGUCUUGUGCUUCUGGCUCCCGGAAAGUGCCCGCUAUGACGUCCUGUCCGGCAACCAGGAAAAGGCCAUUGCCACCCUGAAACGGAUUGCGACCGAGAACGGAGCCCCCAUGCCUCUAGGGAAGCUCAUCAUCUCCAGGCAGGAAGAUCGAGGGAAAAUGCGGGACCUGUUCACCCCGCAGUUCCGAUGGACCACCCUCCUGCUUUGGUUUAUAUGGUUCUCCAAUGCCUUCUCCUACUAUGGCUUGGUCUUACUGACGACGGAGCUCUUCCAGGCUGGAGACCUCUGCAGCUUGUCGAGCAGGAGGAAAACGGCAAAGCCCAAAUGCAGCUUGGCCUGCGAGAUCUUGACGGAGAAGGACUAUGUCGACUUGCUGUGGACCACGCUCUCUGAGUUCCCAGGCAUUCUUGUGACCUUAUGGGUCAUUGACCGCAUCGGGCGCAAGAAGACCAUGGCUCUCUGCUUCUCCGUCUUUUCCUUCUGCAGUCUCCUGCUCUUUCUCUGCGUUGGGAGGAAAGUGCUGACUGUGCUGCUGUUUGUCGCCAGGGCCUUCAUUUCGGGAGGGUUUCAAGCUGCUUACGUUUACACCCCGGAGGUUUACCCCACAGCCACCCGCGCCCUGGGCCUGGGGACCUGCAGUGGAGUGGCCCGAGUGGGUGCCCUGAUCACCCCUUUCAUUGCACAGGUUAUGCUGGAGUCAUCAGCCUACCUGACACUGCUGGUGUACAGCGGCUGCUGCCUGCUGGCCGCCCUGGCUGCCUGCUUGCUGCCCAUUGAAACACAGGGCCGUGGCUUGCAGGAGUCCUCACACCGCCAGUGGGGCCAGGAGAUGCUUGGCCGCGGGCUGCCCCGCUCCAGCCCGGGCUCCCAGGGGUGAUGGGGCAUGUGUGUGUGCGUGUGUGCGCUGCCCGCUUGUACGGGAGCAAGGCACCGCUCAGCCAGGUGUAAGCAAGGUCUGUGUCCCGACUAGAGGCCAUGUGUGAGACCGGUGGCAUUUAUACAUGCGGCCCUAGGCACUUACGAUUUCAUCACAUUGAGAGGGGAAAGCACGGGUGGCCGUCCCUUUCAGCGUAGAGAACUGCCCCUCCUACAUCAGCCGUCCCACUUUCGUUCUGCCUGUCCAUCACACUCACUCACACCUGGAAACCUAAGAGCUGGCAAUGGGUUAAUCUUACAUUCAUCACAAGGUCAGCAGUGAUCCAAGUUAGAACCAUUGCUUCCCAUGGGAUCCUAUUGAUCUGCAUUGAACCCCAUAGGAUACAAGAGACUGUUGACAGUUGGCCAAUGAAAUAGGAUGGGAAAGGCUUCUGACUCAGUUAUCCAUAUCCAAAGGGAGCCAGCUUGUCUCGAUGCACUGCAUGCUGUUGCGUCACAUGCACUCGUGAACAGCUCUCUGUGCUCACAAAGCACCUCUGUCUUUUGUUGAGUUCAAUUUUGCUGCUUGAGGAGGGUUAGAAAACAGAACGGCAACGGCCGGUAUUUCAAGCUUGAAAUAUGGUUGGGUUUGUUGAACCUGCCACACAUCCUCCGCGAGCAAACUUGGGAUUCCAUUUUGCUUUGUCGCUUUUAUGAAAUGAUCUCAGACCAUAUCGCAUAGCCUUCCUGAUUCAGAGAAGCCCCGUGAUGAAAAAUAAGGGAUAUUCCAAUUGAAUUGCACUUGAUUUCAAACUGAUUGCUCUUGACAUCAAUUGAGUUGUGUGAAGAGUGGCUGGAAAUCUCCCUGGCCCUUUUUAUCAACCCAUUCGAAGAAGGUGCUGGAGGAGUGAUGAUGCAAAAUACAUUGCACAUUUAAGAAGUUGAGCAGUUGGUAUUACAAGCUAAACCUUGUCACCAGUUCAUAGAAAACAAGGAAGACGCAGAAAUAAGACCAAAGUAAGCCAAGACCACAAUUAAAUUCCUUGUUAAACAUUCACCUGUACAAAUCAACUCUGUUCCUGGUGAGAUUAGUAUGGGAUGUAUGCAGACAAUCUGGUUCUCACCUCCCUCUCUUGAUUGGGUCUUAGGUUGUGCCGAGAAUCAUCACUGUAUAUAACAAUCACCGGCAAAGAUUUUGCAGUUCAUUGUAUCCCUUGGGAUGAAGUAUUAUUAUUUAUUUAUUUUAUUCUUAUUUAUUUAUUUAUUAUAAAAGUACAGUUGAGUCUUUUGGGAUUGGACUUCACCACGGCAUUUGAUGACGGGAAAGAGCUUCUCCACAUUGUGAAGGAUGCUCUUGGUGUUCCUCCUCCGCGCUUGCCAGAAAACAAACAACGAACGCUUGAAUGUCUCUACUGUGUUUGAAUGUACAAUUUCUCAAGUGUUCCUGUUGAAGGUGAGGUUUCUGUAUUACUGCUGAGUUUGUCGUAAUUUAUUCUUCAAUGUCUUCGUCCGAUGAGACAACCAUUUGGACGCUGGAUUCCGCACCUGAUAUUUUAUGUUGAAUAAAGGAAUAGUUUUUACAAGA